AUGUUCAAUUCGUUCCAGCAGCAGGGAACCAUCCAGCCUCAAGGAACUGGCUAUUAUCCCACACAACAAGGACAACAAGGACAGCAAGGACAGCAAGGACAGCAAGGACAGCAAGGACAGCAAGGACAACAGCAACAAUCAUUUCAAUCACAACCGCCUUUCAAUAGUUAUGUUCAGCAGCCUAAUGCAGGUAUAGGAGGAUUUCCUCAGGGACAAUCUUCUUUUGGGAAUACUUCUCAAAUGACAAACCAACCAUCUUCAGGAUUCACCUCUGGACAAUACGCAGGCGGAAGUAAUGCCAACAGUAACCUUUUCAAUCAAUCUUCUCAACAAUUUGGGGGUGUUGGAAAUAAUAAUGUCAAUGUUAACCAAAGUUCCGACCCUUCUUCAUUACUGCCACAAGGAGGCUCCUAUAACAAUGCAGGUUUACAACGUCCACAGUUACAACCUGUACAAUCGGUUCAGUCGGUUCAUUCUAUGCACUCUCUUGGACCUGCUCAAACAAUGUCGUCUAUAAAUCCAAUUCAAUCCCAAACUGGAGACUACUAUGGAAAUGCACUUUCUCAACAGCAAUCAAGAACUUCCUUAAUGUCUACAUCCUCCCAAAUGGGAGGUAACCAAUUGUACGACACUAAUUCUCAAAUAUUGCAACCACAACAACAACAGCAGCAGCAACAGCAGAAUAUUCAGGUUACUGCCCCAUUACAACAACAAAGCACUGGGUUAUAUUCUAGCGCAUCUCAACCUGCUCAAGCGGCAAACUUGCAACCUCAACAAACUGGAUUUUACUCGCAACAACCACUACAACCACAACAGACAGGAUUUUAUGCUCAACAAAGUCAGGUUCCUUUAGAACCUUUGAAACCAACAGCCACUGGGUUUGUUAAUUCGUUUGCGAAUAAUGGUAUUAAUAACGAUAUUAAAAUCCCAACUAUGAGAUUGUCAUUUAUUACAGCUCAAGAUCAAGCCAAGUUUGAAACAUUGUUUAGAUCUAGAGUUUCUAAAGGAUCCAAUACCAUUUCUGGUGAUAACUGUAGAGCUAUCUUGAUGAAGUCCGGAUUGCAACCAAAACAGUUGGCGAAAAUCUGGACCUUAUGUGAUACGAGUAAAGCUGGGGAGUUGCUGUUUCCUGAAUUCGCAUUAGCAAUGCAUUUGGUCAAUGAGGUUUUACAAGGUGAUUCGAUCCCUUAUGAACUUGAUAUUAAGAGCAAAAAUGAGGUUAACAGUUUUAUUGAUGCUAUUAAUAUGAGUAUUGUUUCUGGAUCUACUGAAGAGCCUGCUAAGCAAGCGACUCCGUUCGAUUCCUUAUUCACUAAUGGCUUAUCGGUAUUGCAACCACAGGCAACUGGUAUGAUUCCUGCUACUAGUUUUGGCGUUCCAUUACAAAAUCAAAUGACAGGUGGUAUGUUAAAUCCUCAAGCCACUGGUAUGAUGCCACAGACUAGUUUUGGCAUGCCAAUGCAAGUUACCGGCGGGCCAUUGCUGUCGCAAACUACAGGUGGGGCCCUACAGCCCCAAACAACUGGGUUUAUGCCAUCCACCUCGUUUGGAAUGCCACUGCAAACACAAAUAACCGGGGGAGCUAUGAUGCCUAAUUUGCAACCUCAAACCACUGGAUCAAUGAUGCCUAACUUGCAACCUCAAACCACUGGAUCAAUGAUGCCUAACUUGCAACCUCAAACCACUGGAUCAAUGAUGCCUAACUUGCAAUCUCAAACCACUGGAUCUAUGAUGCCUAACUUACAGUCUCAGAUGACAGGGUCCAUGGGCGUUGGGACAACUAGUUUUGGAAUGCAACCUCAGGCCACUGGGAAUAUUUCUUUGCAGCCAAAUCCUACUGGAUUUCUUCCAGUCUCAAACUUCAACCCAACUGCUCCAUUGACAGCUCAAAAGACAGGUUUUGGUAACAAUGAAAUCUAUAGUCAAAGGAACUUUGGUUCUAGUUUAGGACAAGCCGAGGAAGAUAGUAUUUCUACAGAAGAAAAAUCAUUAUUCUAUAAGAUUUUCGAGACUUAUGAUUCACAAAAGAAAGGACUAUUAGACUCACCAACAGCAGUCGAAAUUUUCCGUAAAUCUGGUUUAAACAGAAGUGACCUAGAGCAUAUUUGGAAUUUAUGUGACAUAAACAAUCGUGGUCAGUUGAGCAAGCAAGAAUUUGCACUUGGUAUGCAUUUAGUUUAUAGAAAGUUGAAUGGUAAGAUUCUUCCUAAUAGAUUACCUCCAAGUUUAAUUCCUUCUAGUAACAAGAUCCUAGAUAAUGUGAAGAACCAGUUGAAAGUUGCAUCUACCUCUAAUGACACCAAGAAGGCACCAUCUCGUACUGAUGGGUUAAGUUACAAAAAUAAUGAUGACGAAAAUAUCCUUCCAAGUUUCAGGAAUCGUAGAAAGAAUUAUUCAACAAAUGGAACGUCAAGUUCAAGCUUAGAUAAUACUCCUAGAGGUUCUCCUGUCACUGUUUCUGGUGCCAAUGUUUCAUCUGACACUGGUGUGACUACUGCAGUUACGACAUCUUCAGCGCCAGUUGCGCCUGUAGCAUCAGCGGUUGUGAAGGAUGGCAGAAUUGAUAUGUUACAAAAGUCUAUCAGAGAGAAGAGAGGUCAGCUUGAAGCGGAAAUAUCUCGUAAUCGCCGUAUGUUGAAUCAAUCGGCAGAAAAUAGAGAAAAUGAUAUGAGAAUGAUCGGUUCUCUAAAAGACAAGAUAGCGAAUGUCCCACAUAUUUUAUAUACAAAAAAUUCUUCAAUUCCUGAUGACUUGAACAGACGUAUUGAUACUAUUGUUUCAAGAAUCCCCGUGCUAUUUUCUGAGAUUGCCGAUAUUGAAUUUGCUAUUAGCAAUUCUAAAAUCGAACUGUAUAAGUUACAAAACCCAUCCUCCAUCAUAGGAUCUGGCCCUCACGGGGAAAUUACUGAUGAGGAUAGAAAGAAGGCCAGAAGCAAAGCAUUAUUGAAAAGCAGAAUGGCUGCAUUGACUGGCAAAGCUGAAGAAGCCGGUAAUUCAAUCGAAGAAGAAGAGGCAAGAUACAACAAGGCGGUCGCCAAUAUAAGAAAUGAAAGCAGAAAGAAUAGAGGUAUUAUAGGUGAUAUCAGAGGUUCAAUCUCUGAGCUGUCUGCUUCUCUAAUGUCAACUUUAACAGGGGGGGCAGCAGGUCAAAACACUUCCGAGUUUGAAAAAUGGGAAUUUGGUGUUGGUCUAGAGAAAGAAGUGCGUACUUUUAUCGAAACUUUGAAAUCAGGCGGUAUAUUGAGCGGGUCAUCUUUGUCUACAGAGACAAAUUUGAAUGACAAAGAAGAUGAAAGAGUUCAAUAUUUGAAGGAUCAGGCUCAAAGGAAAAUGGAGCAAAAAUUAGCAGAGCUUGGCAUUAACAAACCUGCAGAAAGUCCUUCACAGCAGAGUUUGAGUUCCCCUUCCCAAAUGGAGGCCCAAGCAACCCCAGUGAAAUCUCCAUUCCAAGAAACUCAACAUGCUGAUGAACGAAGCGAAGAUAGUGAAGAUGAAGAAGAGAAGAGGUUGCGGGAAGAGUUAGAGAGAAUAAAGUUGAAGAAGAAGGCUGAUAAAGAAAAAAGAUUAGCUGAAUUACGUAGGCAAGUCCAAGAUGCUCAAGCUGAAUCUGAUGAUGGAUUCAGUUCUUCGGUUUCUGGUAGUAAUAAUGGCAACGUUCUAGCACCACAAGUUGAGGGAACAGUCGGUCAUGUCGAAUACCCAGCAGUGCCUUCAGCUGCCAAUCCAGUCUCCUCCGUUUCCGCAUCUAUGUCAGGAAGCUCUACGCCUGUUCAAGGGACAUCGGCAGCUGCAAGAAACCCAUUUUUCAAGUCUACGGAUAGUUCCAACAGUACUUCAGGUUUAUCUGAUUUAAAGGCAGCAGAGGCUCAGAGGCGUUCUCAAAGGGGUUUGGAUGAUGAUGCCGAUGCCUGGUCAGAUGAUGAACCUUCUCCAGUUGCUCCAGCUCCGGUUGCUCCAGCUCCGGUUGCUCCAGCUCCGGUUGCUCCAGCUCCGGUUGCUCCAGCUCCGGUUGCUCCAGCUCCGGUUGCUCCAGCUCCGGUUGCUCCAGCUCCAGCUCCAGUUGCUCCAUCUCCAGUUGCCCCAGUUCCAGUUGCUCCAUCUCCGGUUGCUCCAGCUCCAGUUGCUCCAUCUCCAGUUGCCCCAGUUCCAGUUGCUCCAUCUCCAGCAGCUCCUCAGCCAUCUAAUCUACCACCAGUUCCUAUUGCCCCUCCAUUACCACAAGUUCAAGGUGUUCCUCAGCCAGUUGUUCCACUGGCACCACCAUUGCCUCAGGUAAAACAAGAAGAACAAGGAAACUUUUUAGCGCCACCACCAUCACUUCCUCAUAUGGACAAUAUCCAAAACUCGCAGAAUUUGGAUAGCCAUUCAGAUCAAGAUGAUGUGUUAUCAAUUCCGGAUUCUGUUGCUUCUGAGGAUGAAUUAGGUGAUGAGCCUGGUCUCCCACCAUCUGGGAUCCCACCACCUCCUCCUUUACCUUGA